AUCAAGCUCGAGUGUUCGCGAAGAACGACUUUGACAGCCCUACCUGCCGACGCUGUUCGGUUUCUUGGAUCCUUUACGUCGCAGCUCGAGCUGAAGGCAGCAAGAGGAGGAAGGAACAAGAGCAUCGAAGCGAACGAUAGGUUCAGGAUCUUGUUCUUUGAAAUCGAUGUGGGGAGAAUUGCGGGUAAAAAGUUGCGGUUGAAGUACGGGUAGGCUUUGUACAUAAUCAAGUUUAAUGGUAGCUUCAAAGCAUCCUCGCUCUUCUUGCGAAGGAUGAACAUCGUCAAGGGGGUGGCUGAUCUUCUUAGAAGAUCAGCGAGUGGCCAAGUUGGGGAAGGCGGUUCAUGGACUCAAUCUGAGAAGCACUCUGCACCUUCUCCAAGAAUCCGGUUUAGUGAAACUGGUGAAGAAGCAAUUUUGAAUUCACUUUGGCAGAGAUAUGAAAAUACAAUUGACAAGGUGGAAAAGAGAAAAUCCUUGCAAGUUUUUCUCUUGCACUUCAUACAGACUUACAAAAAUUGGGAGCCUGAAAAUAAUGACGACUUAUCAAUUGUGCUGCCAUCAUCAGAUGGUAUAAUUAUUGGAUGUUCUUCUGGGCAUCCAUCUGAAGUUAUCCUUAUUCUCGUUCAAGAAAUUACUCGGUUAACUUCUCUUGUGUCUGAGUUGAACAACAAUGCUUCAAAGGCUAAAUCUGAUACUUAUGAUCUAUCUUCAAGCUUGACUUUUAGUUCGGAUGGUUUGUAUGUUUUGAAUAGUUUGAUGAUUGCGAACCGUUCAAUGCACAAUUGCAAGGUUUUUGGCUACUAUGGAGGUGUGCAGAAGGUCACCGCUCUUCUUCUGAAAGCUGGAGUUGUUCAGCUCAAGACGACUAGUACACUCGGUUUAGACAAGCAAUUAUCAAGCUCUGUUGCUGAGAAGACAAGAUUCUUGCAGAAGAUACUUGGUUUUGCUGUUUCAGUAGUUUUCAGCUUUAUGGAAAUGUAUUCUUCAGGAAACAAUAAGAAUUUUCAACAUGUGGAUUUUAUAAGAUAUACUUCUCUGAGAGACUUUCUGCCUGAAGUUUCUGCAAAGAACCUGAAGGACCCUGUUUCUGAAUCAAGGAUUCAAUGGCAAGAAAGGGCGAUUGUAUUUGUUAUGGAAGCGGGUGGUGUCAACUGGUUAGUAGAGCUUUUGCGGGUCCUUAGAAGGCUGAACUUCAAAGAGCAUUGGACUGAUCUAUCUCUUCAGUAUUUGACUUUGGGCGCUUUAAAUUUAGCCUUGUUUGAUAAUUCCAGGGCGCAAAAUCAUUUCAGAAGCAUUGGUGGCUUGGAAGUUCUGCUUGAUGGAAUUAGUCCUCCAUCAAGUAAAUUUUCAGACUCUAGGGGUACCAUCCUUUGUGGAGAUGAUAGAAACUAUAUAUUCGGAAGUUUUCAUCUGCAAGUUAUUUCCAUGAGAGUACUAAGGGAAUCAAUUUUUGGGAACAUGAACAAUUUGCAGAUCCUCUGUGAAAAUGGACGAAUACAUAAAUUUGCAAAUAGUGUGUGUUGGCCUGCUUUCAUGCUUCAAGAGUUUCAAGUGAGCUUUGGGUCGGCUGCAUCCGACUCUCAAACAGUUAACCCCCAACCCACAAAAGACAACUCUGACAUUGCAAAAAUAGCCUCUUUCUUUGAUAUGUCAGAUGGUUCGAAUUUGAUUGAGUGGAACAAUUAUUCUGUUGGAUUGAGCAGAGCACUUUGCUCUUUCCUUCUUGCUCCUGAAGAUAUCAAAUUUCAUUAUGAUGAAUCAUCAGUGAAAAGUUCCAUGCUGGUCUCUUUGGGUUAUUGGGAACUUUCAAUAAAAUGGAUCAUGAAGGUUCUACUAACCAUUUUUCCAUGCAUAAAGGCAUGCUCUAAUGGAACGGAGCUUCCAAAUCAUAUAAGAGGUUUAGCAAACACCAUGCAGCUUUGCUUCCUUUGCACGGUCAGACAGGUUCUUGUUUCUGCACCAGUUCUUCUUGAGGUCUUUAGGGAAGAGGGAAUUUGGGGCAUGAUUUUUUCGGAGAAGUUUUUCUAUUUUGGGCUAUCUUUGGAACAUUUUGAGCAGGAACUUGAAGUGCGAACAGACCUCAACUCGAAUGCGUUUGCUGUCUCUAUAAACAGCGAAGAUAAAUCAGAACAUAACGAUGUUGGUACUCUUCAAGUGGAAGCUAUUUCAUUUUUGGAAUUUGUAGCAACAUUGAGCGCCAAUACGAAUAAUUUGCCUGAAUGCUCUGUUUUAGUGGAUGCUCUUGAGCAAUCAGCUCGUAUUCCUAAGCUUGCAACUAUAUUUUUGACAAGUCUACAACGGAUUCUACAGUGCGCUCCUAGGCGGACUCUUUUUUCUUUCAAGUCUUUGGAUGCUGUAACCAGAGUGCUCAAAGUUGCAUGCAUUCAGGCUGAAGUGGUCAGAAGAUUCAAUAUUGUUCUUUGUGCUGAAGAGGAUGUUGCAGUAGGAUGUGGAGGCAGAAAAUUAGAAAGAAACAAAUCUUCUGAGGCUUCUAAGAGCUUUGUUAAUUGCAUACAAUCAUCCAUGGAACUCUUUAACGAAUAUCUCUCUAUUGCUGAGCACGGGAGAAGUUUGGUUAUGCAAAAUGCUAGCUGUAUUGAUUGUUUAUUUGACUUGUUUUGGGAAGAAAACCUUAGGAAAUACGUGAUUGAGCAUAUUCUUGCAUUAUUUAAGUUGCCUCCGUUACUCCCAGAUGAUCAAACUGCAAGGUUACAUUUAUGUUCUAAAUAUUUAGAGACCUUCGCUCGCGCGAAGGAAAGGGAAGAACUAUAUCCUGAAUUAUCAAUUGAUCUAUUAAUUAACAUGAGAGAAAUCAUUUUGAUUGAUCUGACUUAUUAUCAGACUUUGUUUCGUGCUGGAGAGUGUUUUCUUCAUAUUGUUUCUUUGCUAAAUGGAACGUUUGAUGAAGAAAUUGGGGAACAAUUGGUUCUGAAUGUUCUUCAGACUUUAACUUUGCUACUUAAUGGAAGCAACGAUUCAAAGGCUGAUUUUAGAGCACUGGUUGGUAUGGGUUAUCAAACCUUACAGAGUCUCUUGCUCGACUUUUGCAAGUGGCAACCAAGUGAACGACUUCUGAAUGCUCUUCUUGAUAUGCUUGUUGAUGGAAAAUUUGACAUGCAGGAAAAUGCAGUCAUAAAGAAUGAUGAUGUGAUUCUGCUUUUCUUUAAUGUCCUACAAAAGAGCAGCAUUUCACUGCAGCAUUUUGGACUAGAUGUCUUCCAGAAUUUGUUGAACGAUUCAAUCACCAACCAAACUUCAUGCUUUAGAGCAGGAGUUCUUACUUUUCUUCUUGAUUGGUUUGCCAUAGGAGAAAAUUACAAUUUGAUAUUGAAAAUUGCUCAGCUAAUUCAAGUGAUUGGUGGGCAUAGCAUAUCUGGGAAGGACAUCAGGAGGAUUUUUGCUCUUCUACGUGAUAAAAAGAUUGGAUCUAGACAUAAUAGCAGCUCAUUGCUUUUGACGAGUAUUCUAUUCAUGCUCAAGAAAAAAGGACCUGAGGCCUUCUUUGAAUUCAACGGAAAUCAAUCUGGGAUCUCUAUAAAUGAACCUCUUCAGUGCCCAAACAAUAAAGGGAUUUCCUUUUCAUGCUGGCUCAGGGUAGAGGAGUUUCCUAACCAUGGUGUUAUGGGCCUUUUUAGUUUUCUUUCUGACAGUGGAAGGGGAUGUUCGACUAUGCUUGGCAAAGAAAAACUGAUUUUUGAGUCCAUCAACCAAAAAAGGCUCUGCAUUUCAUUGUCUCUCAAUCUUCAUCCUAGGAAAUGGUAUUUUCUUUGCUUCAUUCUUAGUAUAGGAAGAGCAUUUUCUGGCGGUAGCACUGUGAGAUGUUAUGUGGACGGAGAUUUGGUGUCCUCUGAAAAGUGUAGAUAUGCAAAAGUUGGUGAUGCCUUGACAAAGUGUACAAUUGGGGCAGAAUAUACUCCUUCAAUUGAAGGCAGUGACCAAGUUAAUUUUGAAAAGGCAUGUGCUUUUAUUGGUCAAAUGGGUCCAGUUUAUAUGUUUUCGGAUACCCUUACUUCAGAGCAGAUAAAGAGUAUAUACUCCCUUGGACCAAGUUACAUGUAUUCAUUUCUUGGUGAUGAGAUUCCCCUGGCUUCAGAUAGUUCACUUUAUGAUGUAAUUUUAGAUGCAAAAGAUGGCCUAUCGUCGAAGAUCAUAUUUGGUUUGAAUGCACAGGCCAGCAAUGGUAGUAGUUUGCUCAACGUGUCAUCCCUGAUUAAUAGUUCGCAAGAUAAAAAUUUUUGUGCUGCAAGAAUUAUGGGCGGGACACAGUUAUGCUCUCGUCGAUUGCUCCAAGAAAUAAUCUAUUGUGUCGGUGGUGUUGCUGUUUUUUUCCCUCUUUUGACACAGUUUGAUCAGUCUGGAUCUGCUAAUGUACAGCGUGAGUACACACUGAUAACAACAAUUAUGAGAGAUAAACUUGCAGCUGAGAUUAUUGAUCUUAUUACUUCUGUUUUGGAUGGAAACCCUUCCAAUCUACAGCAAAUGCAUCAGCUGUCAGGGCUUUCUAUCCUUGGCUUCUUGUUCCAGUCAGUUCCGCCGGACCAAUUAAAUAUGGAGACUCUUUCAGCUUUGAAGAACUUGUUUGAUGUUCUGGGCACUUGUGGCAUAUCUGAAUCACUGCUUAAAGAAGCGAUUUCACAUAUUUAUUUGAAUCCACAUAUUUGGGUUUAUGCGAGUUAUGAAGUGCAAAGGGACCUUUACAUGUUUCUUAUUCAAUAUUUUGAGAAGGAAGUAGCCUUAUUAUCAAUGCUUUGUGGACUCCCUCGCAUUAUUGAUAUAAUCCGUCAGUUUUACUGGGAUAAAGCUGAUAUUCAAUCUGCUAUUGGAUGCAAGCCUUUGUUACAUUCGACUACCAAACAAGUAAUUGGUGAAAGACCAGGCCAAGAAGAAAUUCGCAAAAUCCGUCUUCUUCUAUUAAGCCUUGCUGAAAUGAGUUUGAGGCAAAGAAUCUCUGCAUCUGAUAUAAUAGCUCUCAUUGCAUUUUUUAAGAGAAGUCAAGACAUGGCGUGCAUUGAAGAUGUACUGCACAUGGUUAUUCGUGCUCUUUCUCAGGAGCAACUGUUGGCAUCUUUUUUAGAGCAAGUUAGUUUGCUUGGUGGCUCUCAACUUUUCAUAAUUCUCCUACAGAGGGAAUUUGAACCAAUUAGGCUACUAGGCUUGCAGAUCCUUGGAAAAUUAUUAGUUGGAGUUAUUUCUGAGAAGAAAGAAACAAAAUUUUUUAACCUCUCUGUUGGGCGUGCAAAAUCUGUCUCAGAUAAUUUCAGAAAAGACGAAGCUUUGACAAUUCGACAAGUUUACUCGGCAAUAUCUGAGAGACUUUUUUCGUUCCCUUUGUCUGAUCAUUUGUAUGCCACCUUGUUUGAUGUUCUUCUUGGGGGAGCAAGCCCAAAACAGGUUUUACAGAAACGCAAUUCCUCUGAAAAUCCAAAGAAAAAGAAACAGGGCUCAGCAGGUUUCUCUUCUUAUUUUCUUGUCCCUCAAAUUCUUGUAUGCAUCUUCAAAUAUUUGGCCAGUUGCCAUGAUGUUGCAGUAAGGACAAAAAUAUUAGGAGACUUGCUUGAUCUUCUUCAGUCAGAUCUUUCAAAUAUUGAAGCUUUAAUGGAAAUUGCUUGGAGUUCCUGGUUAGCAACUUCAUUGAAGCUCGUCAUGUUUAAUGACACUGAAAGGGAAAUAGAUAGCCAAAAUGAUGCAUCGAGGAUUAACGAAAUAGUACUUUUAAGAAAUUUAUACUAUAUUGUACUUUUGCAUUAUCUAUUUUCUGUGAAGGGUGGUUGGCAGCGGUUGGAGGAGACUGUCAACUUUUUAUUGCUAAAAUAUGAAAAUGAAGAAGUAUUACAUACUAAUUUGCUCAGAUAUAUAUUGGAAGACUUAAUUGACGGUCUCUUACAAGUGUCUUCAGAUGGAAACAUAUAUGUUUCGCAGCCCUGCCGGGACAAUUCCUUGUACCUUUUGAAACUGGCAGAUGAACUUUUAAUCAGUGAAAGUGGUGAUAAAAUUCUGUUUCCUGAAAUUUCCAUCUCAUCAAACGCUUCAUCCAGCUUUCAACAUGUGGAGAACCAGAAAUACAUAAGCUCUGCUGUUCUUGAGAUACUGAAUCCUGAGUCUGAAGAUAAGCUUCCAAGGACUCGUUGGAGUUGCAAAACUAUUUCUGAGGAAGGUGGUCUUAUAGAGGAUGAUCGCUGGGUUUUGUAUGACAAACUAUGGCAUUUAAUAAGUGAAAUGAGCGGAGGAGGACCAACCAAGGCAUUGACAAAAAGUACAAAUUUUAGCGGUCCAACUUUUGGUCAACGUGCUCGUGGAUUGGUUGAAUCGCAACCUGCUGCGGAAAUGGCUGCCAUAGUUGUUUCUGGUGGAAUUGGCACUGCAUUGGGUACUAAACCGAGCAAAUAUGUUGAUAAAGCAAUGCUUUUAAGAGGGGAGAAAUGUCCAAGGAUAGUAUUCCAUCUUUUAAUCCUAUAUCUUUCUAAGGCUGGUCUAGAAAGGGCAUCACGAUGCGUUCAACAGUUUAUUUCAUUGCUUCCUUCUCUUCUUUCAUGUGAUGAUGAUCAAAGCAGAAACAAGCUACAUUUUCUGAUUUGGUCUCUGCUUGCUGUGAGAUCACAGCAUGGAAUGCUUGAUGAUGGGGCCCGUUUCCAUGUUAUAUCUCAUUUGAUUCUUGAAAUAGUGAACCAUGGAAAGUUGAUUCUUGCCACGAGUAUUUUGGGCAGGGAUGAUUCAUUCGAAGUUACCAACAAUACAAAGGAAGCUGGAUUUAUUCUUAGUCUGAUUCAAAGAGAAAGAGUUCUUGCAGCGGCUACUGAUGAAGCAAAAUAUAUAAAGGCUGCGAAAGCUGAUCGCAUAAAGCAGGUGUUGGAACUUCAUGCUAAAAUAGACGAGUUUUCUCUUGCUGAACAGAACCAGCUGAAAACUUUUGAAGAAGAUUUGAUCUCUGCUAUGAAUAUGAUUGUUUCAUCAGAUGACAGUAGAAAGGCUGCUUUUCAGCUUGCUUAUGAUGAAGACCAGCAAAUUGUCGCUGAUAAGUGGGUCCAUAUGUUUCGCGAAUUAAUUGACGAGAGAGGUCCUUGGUCUGCAUAUCCUUUUCCAAACAGUAAUGUAACCCAUUGGAAGCUUGACAAGACGGAAGAUAAUUUGCGACGUAGACUAAAACUGAAGCGGAAUUACAAAUUUGAUGAAAAACUUUGCUAUCCUCCAGCAAAUAAAUCUUCUAAUCAACCCAACGAACGACAUGGAAGCGACAAACAGAGCAACUUCCCUGAACAGAUGAAACACUUUCUUUUAAAAGGGGUGCGUGGUAUAAUCGAGGAGAGGUCGGUCGAUCUACCUGAUGAGUAUGUGGACUUGAAUUCUGUUAAAGACCCUGAUCUCAAUAGUUCUUCGGACCAGGUUUCAGAUUAUGUAAAAGAUGGCAAUAAUAAUACCGACAUUGAUAUGAAAGAUUUACAGUCUGUCUCUGCAGGGACCAAGUCAGAUGAGGUUCACUUGUCGACAUCUUGUGUUCUUAUUUCACCAAAAAGAAAACUUGUAGGGCGUUUAUUUGUCAUGGAAAAAGUUUUACAUUUUACCGGUCAGUUUUUAGUAAAAGGAACGGGUGGUUCUUCUGUUUUAAACAAAUUUUUCGACGGAAACAUCUUAGAUUCAACAAAAUCUGAUCAGCUGAAUGGGGCAGACAAGCAGAAACAACGCAUGGGAUCUAUGAGUUUUGAAUCAAACUAUGGAAAGGACAAUGCCUUUGAUGUUCUGGCCACAGGUGAUUUGCUACAGAAUAAACCCGAUAAAAUAAAAUUGCACCGGAGGUGGAAUUUUUCAAAGAUAAAAUCUGUCCAUUGGACUCGCUAUUUAUUACAAUACACUGCAAUAGAGAUUUUCUUCAAUGAUUCAGCUGCUCCAAUUUUCUUGAAUUUUGUGACACCCAAUGAGGCUAAGCAUGUCGGUACCUUAGUAGUUUCUUUGAGGAAUGAAUUUUUGUUUCCAAAAGCAAGUUCCAACGGCAGAAGUGGAAUAAUCUCUCUUGUUGACCGGCGCGUGGCACUUGAAAUGGCUGAAAAAUUCAGAGAGAGUUGGAGAAGAAGAGAAAUAAGCAACUUUGAAUAUUUGAUGCUUCUUAAUACAUUUGCUGGGAGAUCCUACAAUGAUUUGACCCAGUAUCCCAUUUUUCCCUGGGUAUUGGCUGAUUAUUCAUCUGAGAAGCUUGAUUUCAAUAAGUCUUCUACUUUUAGGGAUCUCUCAAAACCAGUUGGUGCUCUGGACUCCAAACGUUUUGAGGUUUUUGAGGACAGAUUUCGUAACUUUGCUGACCCAGAUAUUCCUAGUUUUUACUAUGGUUCACAUUAUUCCAGCAUGGGAAUUGUACUUUUCUACCUGCUUAGAAUGGAGCCUUUUACCGCAUUACACCGUAACUUGCAGGGUGGAAAAUUUGAUCAUGCAGAUCGUCUUUUCCAUAGCAUAGAGGGAACUUAUCGUAAUUGCCUUUCCAAUACGAGCGAUGUGAAGGAACUCAUACCAGAAUUCUUCUACAUGCCAGAAUUUCUAGUUAAUUCAAAUUCAUAUCAUUUUGGUGUGAAGCAAGAUGGUGAAGCUAUAGUUGAUGUUGUUCUUCCCCCGUGGGCCAAGGGUUCCCCUGAGGAAUUUAUUUACAAAAACCGAGAAGCUCUAGAGAGUGAAUAUGUGAGUUCUAAUUUACAUCUAUGGAUCGAUUUAAUUUUUGGUUACAAGCAGAGGGGAAAGCCAGCUGUAGAGGCAGCGAAUGUAUUCUAUUACUUGACCUAUGAAGGCGCUGUUGAUUUGGAGAGCAUGGAAGAUGCACUGCAAAGAUCAGCAAUUGAAGAUCAAAUAGCCAACUUUGGUCAGACGCCAAUUCAGAUUUUUCGCAAAAGACAUCCCAGAAGGGGACCUCCUAUGCCAAUCGCUCAUCCAUUAUAUUUUGCUCCUUCAUCAAUAACUUUGACCUCUGUUACUUCAAAUGCCACUAAUCCCCCAUCUGCUAUAGUUUUUAUCGGGCUGCUGGAUCCAAACAUUGUGGUCGUAAGCCAGAGUCUUAUCCUUUCAGUGAAAUUGUGGUUGACAACGCAGUUAAAAUGUGGGGGAAACUACACUUUUUCUGGAUCCCAGGAUCCAUUUUUCGGGAUUGGUUCUGAUGCGCAUCCUAAUCGAAAAAUUGGUACUUCAUCGGCCAAUGGCAUCGACUAUGGGUUACAAUGCAUGGCAGCAAUUCAGCACCUUAAUGAAAAUUAUCUGAUUUUAUGUGGCAAUUGGGAAAACAGUUUCCAGGUAAUAUCCAUACAAGAAGGAAAGAUUGUCCAGAGCAUCCGCCAGCACAAGGAUCGUGUUAGCUGUGUUGCAGUGACAUCUGAUGGAUGUAUUCUUGCUACUGGAAGCUAUGACACAACGGUCAUGAUUUGGCAUGCUUAUAGAUUGUGUUUGACAGAAAAGAAGGGAAGAAAAGACCAUAUUUUUAUUGAGACCCCUUUUCAUAUUCUUUGCGGACAUGAUGACAUCAUUACAUGUUUAUAUAUUAGCUCAGAGCUCGAUAUAGUUAUUAGUGGAUCUAAAGAUGGAACUUGUAUUUUCCACACAUUACGGGAGGGAAGAUAUGUGAGAUCCAUUCAACAUCCUUCGGGCUGUUCCAUCUCAAAACUAGUUGCUUCGCCACAUGGGCGCAUGGUGAUUUAUGCUGAUAAUGAUCUAAGUCUCCGUCUGUAUUCUAUUAAUGGAAAACACAUCGCAUAUUCGGAGUCAAAUGGUCGUUUGAACUGCAUGACGCUCAGCGUCUGCGGUGACUUCCUCAUAUGUGCGGGUGAUCACGGCAUCGUUCUACGCUCGAUGCAUUCUCUUGAUAUCCUACGAAGAUUUGAAGGUGUUGGUAAAGUUAUAACAUCGUUAACUGUGACGCCGGAAGAGUGCAUUUUAGCUGGAACCAAAGAUGGUUGUCUUCUUUUGUACUCCAUAGACAACCCUCAGAUUCGUAGGUGAAAUCUUCCUCCAAAUGGAAAGUGAAAAUUUUCCGCUAUGGGAUGGGUUUAGCUGAGAUGCAGUUGGAGAAAUUCUGUUAAUGGUGUUCUGAGGACUUAACCAAGUAGGUAAAACUUGGAGAAGGGCAGCUCCUUCUUGUUCUUACAUUCCCCUUGAGAAUCGGCCAAAGUUAAAAUUAAAGUUUUUGGCUUCUUAUGUACAUGAUGGUUAAAUAAGUGCCUGAGUGGAUGGGAACCAGAGCUAACACUGACUAUAAUAGCACUUCAUGGGAUUUCUAAGCAGUGAUAGUUUAAAAAAUGGUUCCAAUACAAAAAUUGUACAGUUAAUUUCUUCUGUUAACUUGUACAUUUUUUAUUCCUUAGCACGCAUAAAUGUAUAAUUCUUUCCUCUUUAGCUCCAUCAGGUUUUCCCGCAGAUUGUAUAUGUAUUCUUCAGCCCCUUGUUUUGGAACAUAUAUAUAUUCUUAUUCUUCUGAAGAUCUGGAAGAAGAAUGAUUUCUCUUCUGCUGUUUUCUUUUUCUUUGUCCAGUUAAAGGAAACAUAAAAUCAGUUUGAAUUUGUGAGGUGUAAUAAAUGGCUUUAUGAGUC